UCUAAAAUACAUUUACCUAAAAGUGUGAACUACUGCGCAUGUGCAAGAACAAGUCCUGCAAGGGGGGAAAAUUCAUUCUGUUUGGGAUUAGCCUACUUCAAACUAGCAUGUUGUCAAAGGAUAGUUUCUAAUUUUAUAUCCAGACACACUGAGACAAACGUAUUUCUCAAUUGAGUCUGCACCGUCAACUGUCAAUAAUGAGGAUCGCAGUAGAAGGCUGUUGCCAUGGUGAACUGGACAAGAUCUACGAGACAAUUGGCUAUCUGGAAAAAAAGGAAGGGGUGAAAGUGGACCUGCUGCUGUGUUGCGGGGACUUUCAGGCAGUGCGAAAUGAGGGGGACAUGAAGUGCAUGGCAGUGCCUGCCAAGUACAGGACGAUGCAGACAUUCUACAAAUAUUAUUCUGGAGAGAAAAAGGCUCCAGUCCUCACCAUCUUUAUUGGGGGAAACCACGAAGCAUCGAAUCAUCUGCAGGAGCUGCCUUAUGGAGGCUGGGUGGCCCCCAACAUUUACUAUCUAGGAUAUGCUGGCAUAAUCCGUUACAAAGGAAUAAGAAUCGGUGGCGCCUCCGGAAUCUUCAAAUCACAUGACUACAGAAAGGGACACCAUGAAUUCCCUCCUUACGGCCCUGAUACUCUAAGAAGUGUUUACCACAUACGAAACAUUGAUGUCUACAAACUCAAACAGAUCCAAAUGCCCAUUGAUAUUUUCAUGAGCCACGACUGGCCUCGUGGAAUCUAUAACUACGGCUGCACACAGGAGCUGCUGCGUAAGAAGAAGUUUCUCCGUCAAGAGGUGGAGACCAACACACUGGGAAGUCCUGCAGCCGCGGAGCUCCUUGAACACCUCCAGCCCAGCUACUGGUUCUCGGCACAUCUUCACGUCAAAUUUGCUGCCAUGAUGCAGCAUGCACCCAAGGCCAGUGGUUCUUCACGAACAACAAAAUUCCUGUCUUUGGAUAAAUGCCUGCCACACAGAGAGUUCUUACAGGUUGUGGAGUUUCCUGACAGAACCGAUUCCGCUGAAGGGUUGGAGUAUGACCCAGAGUGGCUUGCUAUCCUAAAGUCCACCAACGGUCUGCAGAAGACCACUCCUCAGCCCUGGAACCCCCCGAUGAAUAACGGCCUCCACCAAAGGUGGAACUUUUCACCCUCUGAGGCGGAAAUGAUGCAGGUGUUGGAUGACAUGAACGGCGAGCUGGCCAUCCCGGAUAACUUCAGCCGGACAGUUCCGGCCUACGACCCUGCUAACCCCCAGCCCCGGGCCGUCCCCAGCUGCAGCACCAACCCCCAGACCACAGAGUUAUGCGCCACCCUGGGUCUCACAGACCUCUACGCCCAGAAGGCCCAGCUCCUUUUAGACCCCGGAGGAGCUGACGGGGCCAUGGCCGGCGAAAACGACGACGGCGACGGCGACGAUGCCCACAGCAACGGCAGCGCGGACGAACCCAGCGAGUAUCCAACAGACACGUCGGGGCUGUCCAACUCCUGUAAUCCAGACGAGAUCACGAUAGAAGACGAGUGGGAAGAAGAAGAAAAAGUUAAAGAAGAUGUGGGUGGAGAGGGGAAGCAGGUGGCCGCAGGCGCUUGCGAUUCAACGAAACGUGAAGCUGGCGAGGAAGGUUUGCUUUCUCCGUCAGGCACAGUCCACGUCUCGGGCCGCAUGGUCCUGCCAGAGCCCAAGUCAGGCGACUCUACCGGUCGCGUCGCCCUGAGCCCCAUGAGCCUGCCCCCUCCCACCCAGUCAGCCCCGGCAGGAGGUGAAGAAGGGGCCAGUGAUGAUGCGGAAGAGGAGACGCCGGUGGUGCGCAUUCCCAAGCGGACCAGCGAUGAGAGCGAGGCGACAGCAGGCGGUACGGGUGUGACCCCCAGGAUCAAACGGAGGAACCAGGUGAUCUACGCAGCAGUGGAUGAUGAUGACGAGAAUGAGAGCUAAAGUAACGGAUCAUUGUCAGACAAGUGGUGUUGAUAAUUAAUUGUAAAUUUGUCCCUUCACGUUGUACAAUUAUGUCUUACUUUUUUAUACAGGUUUUUAAAAGCAUAGAUCUAGUUUAUAUAUGUGCUGGCUUUUGUACCAUGAUGCAAUGAAAUAUUUAGAAAGCUGUUCUAUAAGUCAUCCGUGCAGAGGUUCAGGGCCUUAUUCCAAUUAGUUAACAAGGACAUAAAGGGCAUGUUUUAUUUGGAGGUUUUAUUUUGGCAGAACAUGCCACUUUUUAGACUUGUACAAUUUUUACUCCAUCUAAAGACUUUCAGAGAAUAGAUUUUCUUAAACCUAAGUUUAAGAAUUUCUGCACAACCUUUUUGUGGGUUACACAAAACAAUUUAAAGUGAAAAUUGUUUCUGAAUAAAAUGUUAUUUCAACUAAUGUGACACACAUUAAACAUUCAGCAUGGCUGAUCAAUUAAAGAAUCUUAUCCGAGGCUAAGUGAAGGAGUUCUUUUGUGAGCCAAAUGAGAGAAGCAUGCAGCAUUCUGUGCUCAUGGCACCAUAAACUGCUUUAUUGAACAACACUUAACAUUGGUUGCUGAUGUUGAAAUGGUUAGGAAAACCAUUUUGACUUAUGUCACCUUCCUUACACAUGACUUAUUCAUUACUGAACUUGCUUGCAAUCAUGAUUAUGAAAUACUCAGUCCUAUAUCUUUUCCCUAAACAUUUUUACAUGAUGAAGCUAUUUUUCAAGUGUCCUGGGAAAGAAAUGCAAACCAAACCUUUAAAUAUUAGUCAGGGACACUGCUGUCUUUUGAACAGAACUAACGCAUCUUAAUUUCUAAUAUGCAUGACAGCAGAACUAAAUGCUUUCGCCAAAUAAUCUUUUCCAAGAAUUUUACAUUUGUGGAAAUAAAUGUUAUACCUUAUUUAAAUCCAUAAAAGAUAUAUUUCUGGUUUACCUGUGCUCUGGUAAAAUCAAAAAACACCUUCAUUUAAAGUAGACGGUAACAGAACAGUGUAUUUGACAAACCUUUUUACAACCAUACAAAGAGCCAUUAGCCUAAUGAAAAUGUGCCAAAGUAUUGGUUAAUAAUACAAGCCAUUGUCAGAGAGAUGGUGUCCUUACACUGAGCCCUACAUACACAUGCCUCAGAGGGAAGCCCCAAAAAUGUUUCACGAUUAGGAAAACUUGGGACGAGGCACUUCUGUUUUCAUUUCAUAACUUUCUUCCCAGAAGCCUUGGGAGGCAAACCAAGCACAAAAAAGUAAAUAUAUAAAAAACAAUGAUCUCUAGUUCAAUUAUUUACCAAGAACGAUCAUGACGCUGGUUAAGAUGAGGAACACAAAAAAUCCUCUUAUAAGCAGGAUAAUAGGAGGCAUGUUUAAAUUUCCCUUUAUGGUUAGACAUUGGGAUAUAUAUGAUUAAUGAGCGUCGUCAUCCUACAAGACUGGUUUUGUGAUCAUGUAUAGCCCAUUCUGUAAUCAAAAACCUACUGAAGGUAUUUUAGCCAGGUAAAUGUGUUGGCCAAUGAGCUUUAGUUUGACAUGGGUAUCAGUUUCAGGCUAGUGUAUCGUUAUACAAACCCAAUUGAAUGUGUGUAUCCAGUAAUAUUAAUGCUAUUUUGAGUUUUGAUUUAUGGUGUCUGUGUUGCAGAUGAGGCUGAGAGACCAGUGCUAACCAGUCUCUCAGCCU